AUGGCAAUCUCGAUCCCCGUGGUAUCGUUUGAGAAAUUUCUCACCGGCAACCCAGCAGAGCAAAAGGAGGUGGCGAGACAAGUCUACGAUGCGUUCUCAACGGUUGGAUUCAUUUAUCUAAAGGACCAUGGUAUUCCGCAGUCAAGAGUCGAUGAGAUCUUUGCAUUAGCGAAAACCUUUUUUGAACUUCCUCUCACCACGAAACUCAACUAUAAACUUACCGAAGCACACGUGAACCAAGGCUACACGGCCGACGGCGCUGAAGGCAUCAACGACCACAAGGAAUGCUACGAGCAUCGACGCUUCAGUAACAAACUGUGCCCCGAUGAAUCCGAACUCCCAGGCUUCAAGUCAACCCUGGACAGCUUCUACGGGCAAUGUCUGAAUCUGGCGAUGAACGUGCUCAAGUGUCUUGCCAUGGUCAUGCAGCUGGGCGACGACUUCUUCGAGGGCAUCACCCAACACGCCGACCCACAGCUGCGGCUCAUCCACUACCCACCACUCGACCGCAGCGUGAUCGAGAAACAGGGCCACGCACGUAUCAUGCCACACACAGAUUUCGGUCUCUGUACACUGCUCUUCCAAGACUCGAUCGGCGGGUUGGAAGUCGAUCCGAGCCACGAGAACAAAUUCGUGACCGCCCCUCCGAUCGCAGGGACAGUGCUCAUUAACAUCGCCGACCUCCUGCAACGCUAUACCAAUGGGCGCGUCAAGUCGACUCGACACCGUGUCGUCAGCCCGCCGCCCGAUAAGUUCCAAGGCGAUGUGUUGCCCGCGAGGUAUAGUAUUCCGUUCUUCGUCCAUCCGGAUCCAGAGACCAUGAUUGAUCCGAUCACUUUGACAGAGGGGGAGGUCAAAUUGUAUGAGCCUGUCAAUGCCGGGGAGUGGAGGGAUUGGAACACGGCGACGAAUUAUCGGUUGAAGGAGCCUGAGGUUAUGAGUGUUGAAGUCGAGACGGUCGGAUAG